AGACUGAAGUGGAAGUCAAAUCGCUUCAGGCUUCCUGCGCUGUAAAGGCGGGAGCGCGCGCGCGCUGGUACCGGCUGCGUUUAUACGGUUAUGCAAAUAUAAAUAUUUAUUAUUAAUUUAUUAAUCAGCGCGCGCGCGAGAGAGAGAGGAUACAGACACAUCGUGUGAAGGUGUGUCACCAUGCUGUUGAGAUUGCGUACAAGUGUGCGGCCAUGUGUGAGUGUGUGUCGCUGGGUUCACACUAAAGAGAAGGGCAAACCACUGAUGCUCAACCCACGCACCAACAAGGGCAUGGCUUUCACCCUGAAGGAGAGACAGGUUCUGGGACUCCAUGGUCUGCUGCCCCCGAAGAUUGAGACUCAGGACCUGCAGGCCAUGCGCUUUCAGAAGAAUCUGAGGAAGAUGUCUGACCCUCUGCAGAAGUAUAUCUACCUGAUGGGGAUUCAGGAACGUAAUGAGCGUUUGUUCUAUCGAGUGUUAAUGGAAGACAUCGAGGCUCUGAUGCCCAUCGUGUACACGCCCACUGUGGGUCUGGCCUGCACCCAGUAUGGACACAUCUUCCGCAGACCCAAAGGCCUAUUUAUCUCCAUUAUGGAUCAGGGACACAUCCGUUCCAUCCUGGACAACUGGCCAGAAACUAACGUGAAGGCCGUGGUGGUGACGGACGGUGAGAGGAUUUUGGGACUGGGUGACCUGGGUGUGUAUGGGAUGGGUAUUCCUGUAGGGAAGCUGUGUCUGUACACUGCCUGUGCUGGAAUCAGACCAGAAAGCUGCCUGCCUGUGUGUAUUGAUGUGGGAACAGACAACGAGAAGUUGCUAAAGGACCCGUUCUACAUGGGGCUGUACCGGCGGCGUGAGCGCUCACAGCAGUAUGAUGAUCUGAUCGAUGAGUUUAUGGAGGCGGUGGUGGAGAAGUAUGGUCAGGACACACUCAUACAGUUCGAGGACUUUGGCAACCACAACGCAUUCCGCUUCCUGAAAAAGUACAGACACCGAUACUGCACCUUCAACGACGACAUCCAGGGCACUGCAGCAGUAGCUCUGGCGGGUUUGUUGGCGGCACAGCGUGUGGUGGGGAAACCAAUCACUGAGCACACUGUUCUAUUUCUGGGGGCUGGAGAGGCAGCUCUGGGCAUCGCUAACCUGAUCGUCAUGGCAAUGAUGGAGGAGGGAGUGAGUCAGACAGACGCACGCAAGAAGAUAUGGAUGUUUGACAAAAACGGCCUCCUUGUCCAGGGAAGAGCUCAGUCCACAGACAGUAAUCAGGAAGUGUUUGUUCACCCGAGUCCAGGAGAUGUGAAGAGUUUUCUGGAUGCUGUUAAUGUCAUCAAACCCACAGCUAUCAUCGGUGUGGCAGGGGCAGGGCGUCACUUCACUCAUGAUGUUAUCAGAGCAAUGGGCUCAUUAAAUGAGCGGCCAAUUAUUUUUGCUCUCAGCAAUCCGACUGCUAAAGCUGAGUGCACUGCAGAGGACGCAUAUGGCCUAACACAGGGCCGGUGUCUGUUUGCCAGCGGGAGUCCGUUUGGUCCUGUUACUCUGGAUGAUGGCAGAAUCCUCAUUCCGGGACAGGGAAACAAUGCUUACAUAUUUCCAGGUGUAGCUCUGGCUGUGAUUCUCAGUGGAGUCAGACACAUCAGUGAUACAGUGUUCCUUGAAGCUGCCAAGACCCUGGCAGAUCAGCUGACUGAUGAGGAGCUGUGUCAAGGUCGUCUUUAUCCUCCACUGUCCAACAUCAGAGAGGUGUCUGUGCAGAUGGCUGUCAAGGUGGUGGAGUACCUGUACAGUAAGGGCAUGGCUUUCCGGUACCCAGAACCAGUGGAUAAGGAGGCGUAUGUGAGAUCAGUUGUGUGGAACACGCAGUAUGACUCCUUCCUCCCCGACACCUAUGAAUGGCCCGGUGUCUCCCACAGCCCUGCACUCGAUUAAUCCCCAUAUUCUUGUUGAUUCCAAAUACCUCCGUCUGAAUUCACAGCCCUAGAACUCAAAGUGAAGGAACAUACCAGCUGUAUGUGUGCACUGAAUACAUUAUAUAAAUUAUUGGCAUAAUACACUCGCACUUGACGCACACUCUUGGUGCACACAAUUUCUCACACAGUUUUGUGCAACACGAACAAAAUCCACCAGUAAUCUUCAUCUGUGUCAUAGCUGCCAUCAUUCACAACACUCCAUUAGACUGCUUUACUAAUCCCAGUCUGUCCACCCCUGAAGGAAAUGUCACCAAAUCCCAUUCACCCCUAAAGGAACGAUUCAUUCUUUGAUAGCAAAAUCUUUCUGCUGGUCAAAAUGGGUGAUGGUGGACCCUGGAGUCUACCCCAGGAUGUGCUGUUGGAAUACACCCUGGGUGGGAAGUCAGUCAGUCACACUUGCAGCUGAGCCAUAGACUGGUGUGCGUUUGUGAUCAAAGCAGAGAACCCAGAGGAACCCACAGGGGUAGAAGAUAUGGAGCUCCACAUAGAGAGUAAACUGAGAUCAGGAUGGAACCCUGCUACUGUAAGGAAGUGAUGAUACCUGCUGCUUAUCUCUGCUCCGCCCGCUCCUGAAGUGGGUUAUCUCUGCUCCGCCUACACCUGCAGCUGUUUAAUUUGUACAAGCCUGUGAUAUUUUUUAAAAUGUGUAAUGAGCACCAACACAUCUCUGCAAAUGACUAAGGAUUUUUUGUCAUGAGCUUCAAAACUGACCUCCUGUGACCUUUUUGUUGUACCCUAGCACUGUGUGUGUGUGUGUGUGUGUGUGUGUGUGUGUGUGUGUGUGUGUGUGUUAUAGUAGCGGUGACUUGUUUCAGUUCAGCACUGUGUGUGUGUGUGUGUGUGUGUUACAGUAGCAGUGACUUGUUUCAGUUCAGCACUGUGUGUGUGUGUGUGUGUGUGUGUGUGUGUGUUAUAGUAGCGGUGACUUGUUUCAGUUCAGCACUGUGUGUGUGUGUGUGUGUUAUAGUAGCGGUGACUUGUUUCAGUUCAGCACUGUGUGUGUGUGUGUGUGUUACAGUAGCAGUGACUUGUUUCAGUUCAGCACUGUGUGUGUGUGUGUGUGUGUAGCUCUGUUUGAGAAGUUCUGAGAGUAACAGCCAUGGACAGAUUAUUAUUGCUGUUAUUAGUAUUAAUAAUUUGUGUCUGCUGUCUGCUCAAUUUAUUCCAUUUCAUUUGAAAAUUUGGCUAAAAAUAUUUGCUGUGUGAAUAAAUUUAUAAAGCGUG